AUGGCGGACCAAGACCAAGAAGCGGACAAUGCCCCUCUUAACAACCCGCCCAAGGAUGACGAGCAGCAGCAGCAGAAGAACGAGGAGGAACAGAAAGUUGAACCUGUACAAGCUCAAAUAGAAAUACACGCCCACACCCACAUAGAGGUGUCUGCACCUGUGGCGACAGGGGGAAGCCACUCUACACCGCUGGUGAACAGCAGCGGCUGGGACGGCAAACUACGCAUGCCACCACGCAACGCUGUUCUGACGAACCCGGAAGCACUCUCAGACCCAGAAUACUCGGACCCAGAGGCGCCUCCAGUCGAGCAGAUCGAGGCGGACGAAGACUUACUAGACGACUAUCCCCUGGACACCGAGGACGUCGACCUGGUGCACUGCCGGAUCUCCUCGCUUCCGGCCCUCAGACUCGAGCGAUUCACCAAAGUCAAGAGAUUGUGUUUACGACAGAAUGCCAUCCAAUCCAUAUCGUUGCCGGCCGAACUGGGCGAGACUCUACAAGAGCUGGACUUGUACGACAACUUGAUCUCGCACAUCAAGGGAUUGGAGGACAUGAAGAAUCUGACCAGCUUGGACCUGAGCUUCAACAAGAUCAAACACAUCAAGAACGUCAACCACCUGCAAAAACUGAAGGAACUGUACUUUGUGCAGAACCGCAUUUCCAAGAUCGAGAACCUGGAAAACCUCGACAACUUGACCAUGAUCGAACUCGGGGCCAACCGGAUCCGCGAAAUCGAGAACUUAGAGCCCCUGCACAAUCUACGCGAGCUGUGGUUAGGCAAGAACAAAAUCACAGAGAUCAAGGGCCUGAACUCGCUGACCAACCUGCGGUUGCUGGACAUCAAAUCCAAUCGACUGACCACCAUUUCGGGCUUGGACACGUUGCCAAACCUCGAAGAGUUAUAUGUCUCUCACAACGGCAUCACCGAGAUAUCCGCGACCGCACUCGCCAAUAACCCGAAGCUGCGCGUCCUCGAUAUCUCAAAUAACCAGAUUUCGCACUUGGCAAACAUCGGUCACCUUCAAGACCUCGAGGAGCUCUGGGCCAGCAGCAACAAACUCUCCGACUUCCGCGAGGUCGAGCGAGAAUUGGCCGACAAGGAACAUCUGGAGACGGUCUAUUUCGAAAUGAAUCCUCUCCAGUUGACUGCCCCCGCGGUUUACAGGAAUAAGAUCCGCCUGGCCUUGCCGCAGGUCAAACAGAUCGAUGCCACCUACGUUAGGGUCUAA